AUGGCGGGAUCAGCGGCGGCGGCUCCAGCUGCAUUUUGGGCGCGGCUGCGGACGGCGGCUAGGGGCUCCGGCGGCAGCGGCGGGGCGGCGCGGCAGCAGGAGGCAACAGCGGAAGGCGGCAGCGGCGCGGCGCGGCACGGCGGCUCUGGCGACGGGCGCCGGCAGCGGGACCCUGAGACUUCUGUUGCCUAUGAGUACGACUACGACGUCGAUGACUCGUCCUUCUCGACAGAGCUUCCAGUCCAAACCCUAGAUUUCUUCCCCCGCCACCACCGGACACUUCUUCCAGCCUACAGACGUGUCCGCCGCCAUGUGUCAGCUCCUGAUUCGCCGAGCCACCGCGCCCACAUCCCCGCGCCUCUGCGUGCCGGCCCGCCGGGGCCCAGGCGGGGCCCUCCUGGCCCGAGCGCCGCCGCCCCGCGCCCUCUCCACCGCGCCCGAGCGGGAUCCCGCGCGCCGCCCCGCCGCCGUUCCUCAUCCCGCCACCACUCCGGCGCCGCCCGACGCCUCCUCGCCGGCGCGCCCCGCGCCCCGAGCCGACGUGCGCCACCCUCCGCCGCCUCGCCUCCCCACGCCGGCGACUGCGCCCCGGCCAGAUCCGGCGGGCCCCGACCUUCCCCGACCUCGCCGGCGCCUUCUCCGGCCUUCUCCGGCCACCGCCACACCUUCUCCGGCGAGUGCCCCGGCCCCGCCUCGUUUUCCGCGCUCCCCGAUCCAGAUCUGGAAUUCUCAGGUUGA